GUUUCCCUCUCCUCUCGCCAUGAACUGAGCUUAGGUUUUCUUAAAAAAAAAAAAAUCCAGAUUACAGUUCUGUCAAGCAGCGGAUUGCUUGGAAACUAAACUGAAUCGUUCAGGAAUCGCGGAUACGAUCAAUUAAAUCAAGAGCAAGGUCACUGUCAAAAGAUGGCUCCAACAAAUGCACGUUCCAAUUAUUUAGGAACUUUUCAAUCCCGGAGGCAACAUCGAGCGCUGAUUCGUGUACCAAAUGUUCUGCCAAGGUCUUCUACAUACCCGAAUCUUGAGUUUGAACUGUCUGCAUUGGAAUCAAUGCCUCAGGCACAAUCAGCCCCAUCCCCAUCCCCAGUCCCAGUCCCAGUCCCAGUCCCAGUCCCAGCCCCAACGCCAGCAGCCUUACCAUCCCCAGCCCCAGUCCCAGUCCCAGUCCCAGCCCCAACGCCAGCAGCCUUAGUCCCAGGCCGUGGACCAUAUGUCCGAAGUCGAUUCUCAAGAGAAACUCUUGAUGUUAUUGCAUGUGCGGCUCCCGUCUUCGGGAUUAUCUGUGCCCUUUCACAGGCUAUACUCUUAAAAAUGCUGGAUGUACCAAGUGGUGAAUCUGCAGUUCAACAUACACCAGCUGCACCAACACCAGAUAUUGCCCACAUGCUACAUAAUGUUUAUAGUUCCCUAUACUAUUUUGGAGUCUUCGGCUUAUGCCACAUUUGUGGGAGACUUGUACUUCCACUAAUUCCAAGCUUGCUACCGGAGGACACAGUAGUGUCGUUUAUCGUGGACGAGGUUAUUACUAUACCAACUGGACUCGCUUCUUUGACUAUGUUGUUUGAUUUGAUGAAUGCUGGAUUCACCAGAGCUAGUGGUAUCGCAUUCACGACCAUUGUUCUGGGUAGGUAUGCUCUGGUGUUAUAUGAAAGUGGGUUAUUACAGAGGUGGAGAAGGCUCGGCAAAUGAUUGAUUUGGGUGAUUCACGGUGGGUUACAUAAUGAUUAAUGUUGUUUGGUCUGUUGUUUUUGUAAAGCGAGUCUGAGAGAAAGAGAGCUCAUAUAAUGCUGUCAGUUUAUACUGUGUGUGAGUUUUGGGAUCUUUUGAUUAGUUGCUUCUUUUGAACUCUUCUCUGUUUUCUCUUUCUGUACAAUUGAACAAUCUAUUUAUAAGAGCAAAGUCAGAAACAGAGAAGAAGAGUUUUCAGGAAA